UCGAGCCUCAUCUCUCCUCACCUCCCUUGCCUUAACAUCCGCCGCCCGAUCCGAUCCACGGCCUAUACUACUGGGCAGUCUGGUUUUAACUGUGCCCUCGUAUCGAGCUCAGACAAAAGCAACAUGAUCAACGCAGUCCUCGUCUUCAACAAUGCAGGCCAACCCCGCCUCACCAAGUUCUACACCCAACUUGAGACAUCCGUUCAACAACGUCUAAUCUCUGAGAUCUUCCACCUGGUCUCGACCCGCGCACCCGGAUCCUGCAACUUCCUACCGCUCCCUCCUCUCCUGAGCUCGCAAUCGACAUCCCACACACCGCACUCCCCCUCUACGCCUCACAACGACGUGCCUUCCCUUGUCACCUACCGCCACUAUGCGACGUUAUACUUUAUCAUUAUUAGCACGAGCACGGAGAGUCCGCUGGCGUUGAUAGAUCUGAUCCAGGUGUAUGUGGAAGCGCUGGAUAGGUUGUUUGAGAACGUGUGCGAGUUGGAUUUGAUCUUUAACUUUGAGACGCUGCACGCGACCUUGAGUGAGAUGAUUGUGGGUGGGGUGGUCAUUGAGACGCAUCUGGACCGUGUGGUUGAGGGUGUGAGGGCCCAGGGCAGGGUGGCCAAGAGACCGGUUAAUGAGUCGAGGAGCGGGUUAGGCAAUCUGGCGAUGGGCAGUAACUUUGCUUGGGCAGGACGAUGAAGAGGAUGGCAUUCAGUGCGGACACGCUUUACGGAUUCUGGAUUUGCCCUGACUCGGGUUGGAAUGCGAGGGAUGUACAGCCCCGGAAGAAAGCUGGUGGUAUAUCGCUCAUGCUUCCCAAGAAUCACCGAGGAAUCGCUUUGAGGUGGGCAAAUAGAGCGCUGAGCCGUGGUGGCUUUGCAAGCUUGCGAUGGCAACCGUCGCUGCUCUCAUACGAACCUAUGUUGUGCAGGGCACCUGCAACUGAGCUCUCGGCUCAGAUACUGGAGGAUGGGGAUUCAUGUGCGCUAUUUAUACAAAUGGAGAGCAACCAUUCGAGGAGCAAUUAGAUUCUCCCGGAUGCGAACAAACGCCAAUGCUAUGAUACAACCCUUCAUGCACCUGACGCCGUUCCCUUCCGCAGCUGCUUUGGCUACGCGGUUCUUAGAUUCGCUUUCCCUGUACAGUUCUCCUCUCUUAUCAUAUUCCAUG